AUGAGCCAGAGCGCGCUCUGGGUAUGUGUGACGUGCCGGGGGCGCAAAAAAGGCUGCGACAAGCAGCUGCCCAAGUGCGGCUACUGCACGCGUCGGGGUCUCGCCUGCGUCUAUCACGACGCGCCGCCAAGCCACGAACAGGAAUACCCCGAGUCGCGCACCUCGUCGAUGGUCCGCUCCGACAGCCAGGGCUGGCAGGGCUCCUCAUCCAUUAGCUGGGCGAGACGCCGCUCAAGCAACAGCCCGACUUCGUCCGCUCUGGAACCACCGGCCUCACUUUAUGAGUUCCUCGGCAGCGUCAGCAAUGGUGGCGCGGCUGGCGGUGGCGGCGCGAGCGGCGGGCUCGACGACCUCCUAAACCGCGAGGUUGCGAGCAUCUUCCAGGACCAGAAGCUCACCCUCCCGGAACUCACUGAGCGCUACUUUCGAGGCUUUCACAACCGCAGCACAGACCGGGACCGGGAGAGGAACACCACUGGCCGACUUUCGCUCCUCAUCAUGGCCAUGUACCUGGUGUCGACGCCCCAAGGCUCGCAGGGCCGGGACACGGCCGAGCGGCCAGGCGCCCCGCCUCGCAUGUCGGCGUAUCUGAUGAUCAAGAUGCUGUUUGCGCAGACACAGGCUGUCAUAUGCGCCUCGACGGCGCUGGUUCAGGCGGGGCUCAUGAUUGCCGGCUAUGAAUAUGCCUGCCAGAAACUCAACCCAGCCUAUAUAUCGAUUGGAACGUGCGUCAGGAUCGCGCACGCGCUCAGCCUGGACAAGACGAGCGCGACGCUAAGUGACAGCAGGCUGCCGCUGGAGCCGGAGCAGAGGCUGAGGAUGCAGGAGGACUGUAACGUCUGGUGGGGGUUAGUUGUUUUGAAAAGAAUCGUCUUGGUUGAGCUUGCGCAAAUCAGCUCAGAACCAGCCGCUGAGUUGCCUGCACAUGGCAGCAUCCUUCCCACGGAUCUAAAACCAGGUCGAGAUUUCAGCGGCAUCGCACCCAUUCACGCAGACUUGCUGCAGCGCGCGCCGGAAGCCCCGUUUGACAGCAGCCAGUCGCGGCAGAUGGAACUGCAGCAGCUUGAUCGCGAAAUUCAGACGUUUCUUAACAUGGUGCUGGACGAGUGCGAGAGGUUGCAGGAGCAGCAGGGUGCUAUCGAGCCGACGUCGAAAGACUUGGAGCCGAUUCUGUCAAUUAACAAGGCGCUGCUGCAACGGUGGUGGGUGAGCUACUGA